AUGGAUGUUUCCGAAGAUCUAGCAAGGGAUUACCCUCCAAGACUUUAUCCUGAAAGGGCUUCUAUUUUUGAAAACAAAAGCAUUAAUACGAAUAGCCAUUUUUCUGAGAUCCCUCGACUUAGACAAGCAAUUGGAAUAGAUGUGUGGGAUAAUCUGAAGACGUAUCCUGUUGGAUUGAUUGCUAAACUGGCUGAGAGCAAAUUGGUGUGGUCUGGUAAGACCGUACAUUAUCUACUUUGUAGACAGCUGCGAGUCUAUAAGAAGGAGAUUUGGUCUCUCGUUGUUGAUCAACCUCUCAGGUUUAGCUUAAUAGAAUUUGGUGAGAUCACGGGUUUAAACACAAAUCCACUGCCAGAAGAAAGUUUUGAACCUGAUCAAGAGAAUUACAAAACGUUGUGGGAGUUGUUGAAAGUGCCGCUUGGGUACGGACCCAAGUUUGAUGAACUUAUAGAAGCUUUAACGGAGUGUCCAUUCUGGAGUGCUGAUCAGCGGAAAUGGUAUGGGCUGUUGUUUCUUCAAGCCAUUGGACUUUAUGGCUUGCAUCAUAAUUGUAGAAUACCCUUUGAAAGUGCAAAAAGAGUAUUCGAUGAUGACGCCCUGAUGACUUAUCCUUGGGGUCGGACUGCCUAUGAAUUUCUUGUUGAUUCUAUCAAGUUGUUGCAUCCACAAGGAGGGUCGUACACCCUUAGCGGCUUCAAGGACGUGUUAUUGGUUUGGGCGUAUGAAUCUGUCACAGUGUUCGGAGAGCUUUAUGGUAGAAAAGUGAAUCCAGACGAAAUUCCGCUUUUGCGAUGGGGUGGAAGUCGUACUCGUGCAAGUCUUGCUACUACAAUAGCUAAGGAGAUGAAUGAUCAUGGAACGGUGCGUGUGAGGAAAAUGGUGAUGAAGGAGGGUCUAGAAGAGCUGUUUCCUCAGUGGAAGGAUGAAGCAGAUGACCCACAACUUGAUAACCUAAUUAAAGAUAUACAUACAGAUAGGUUUGUUAGAGAUUUUUAUGUGCAAUCGAAUGAGAAGAACAAUAAAACGAAGGCUGGAGUUUCGUCAAAGGCUGAGCCACCCUCAAAGAAGCAGAAGAAAGGCCUUUUGGAUACCAUUGGAGAUACAGUGAAAACUACAGUUGAAGAGCGUCUGAGAGUUUUGGGGGUGUCCAAUAGUAGUCAACCUGAAGGUCAAAACGUGAUGGUCUCAGAAGACAACCAACAGCCGAAGUCCAAUAGUGGUCAACCUGAUGGUCAAAACGUGAUGGUCUCAGAAGACAACCGACAGCCGGACUCCAAUAGUGGUCAACCUGCAUCUAAGACCCCUAUUGAUAAACAGUCCGAAGACAGCCAACCGCAAAAGACCCCUGAUAAAGGCUAA